UAACUAUCAUCUCGAAGGACAAAGGUGACAAAAAAUCUUCUAUAGACGCUUAAGCGAGCUCCAAAUGAUCCUAAAGGUAAUUCAUGGGAAGUUCAUAGUGUGCCGGCUGGUACUUUUGACAACAGGAAGACUAUACCUCCAAGGUCAGGAGCUGACUCCAGUUCUUUUAUGUUAAGUGUUAAUUCUGGUAUACAGACUUCUGAUUCAAAGGUUACGGAGUGUGUCACAGAAAGUUUUAGUGCAGCCUCAAGAGAGAUGAAAAUGCUACCUGUGGUUUCCAACUUCAGGCAGUUCAGAAGCAGUGGACAUGUCGUGGGAAGUGUUUCUAAGAUACUGCACCAGCUGAAGUGGGGUCCUGCUGCAGAAGAGGCUCUUCGAAAACUCAACUUUCCAGUGGAUGCAUACCAAGCAAACCAAGUGCUUAAGCAGCUUCAAGAUCAUAUGGUUGCGCUAGGCUUUUUCCAUUGGUUAAAAAGGCAAGCAGGUUUCAAGCAUGACGGGCAUACUUACACAACUAUGGUUGGCAUUCUCGGCCGUGCAAAACAGUUUGGUGCCAUAAAGAAACUGCUUGAUCAGAUGAUGCAGGAUGGUUGCCAGCCAAAUGUUGUAACAUAUAAUCGGCUUAUUCACAGUUAUGGUCGUGCAAAUUAUUUACAUGAAGCUAUGGAGGUGUUCAGUCAAAUGCAGGAAGCUAGGUGUGAACCUGAUCGUGUCACUUACUGCACACUUAUUGAUAUCCAUGCUAAAGCUGGAUAUCUUGAUGUUGCCAUGGACAUGUAUCAAAGAAUGCAAGCAGCUGGGCUUUCUCCUGACACAUUUACUUACAGUGUUAUGAUCAACUGCCUGGGAAAAGCUGGCCAUUUACCUGCUGCUCACAGGCUCUUUUGUGAAAUGGUUAAUCAGGGGUGUGUUCCAAAUCUGGUCACCUAUAACAUCAUGAUUGCUUUACAUGCCAAAGGAAGGAAUUACCAGAGUGCAUUGCAACUUUAUCGUGAAAUGAAGAAUGCAGGAUUUGAACCUGAUAAAGUGACAUACAGCAUAAUAAUGGAGGUUCUUGGACAUUGCGGAUAUCUUGAUGAAGCAGAAGCAGUUUUUACUGAAAUGAAACGAAAAAAUUGGGUUCCUGAUGAACCUGUUUAUGGUCUUUUAGUAGACUUGUGGGGGAAGAUUGGCAAUGUUGAAAAAGCUUGGGAAUGGUAUCAGGCCAUGCUUCAUGCUGGUUUGCGUCCCAAUGUGCCAACUUGCAAUUCCCUUCUCAGUACCUUUCUUAGGGUGCAUAGGUUUUCAGAUGCUUAUAACUUACUUCAUAGCAUGGUGGCUAUGGAUCUACGACCUUCUCUACAAACCUAUACUUUACUCUUGAGUUGUUGCACAGAAGCACGGUCAUCAUAUGACAUGGGUUUUUGUUGCCAGCUGAUGGCAGUCACAAGCCACCCUGCACACAUCUUUCUACUAUCCAUGCCAUCAUCAGGACCUGACGGGCAAAAUGUUCGCGAUCACGUGACUAGAUUCUUGGAUGUAAUGCGUAGUGAGGAUAGAGAAAGCAAGAGAGGACUUAUAGACGCAGUGGUGGAUUUUCUUCAUAAGUCAGGCCAGAAGGAAGAGGCCGGGUCAGUUUGGGAGGUGGCGGCAGAUAAGAAUGUAUAUCCAGAUGCUGUAAAAGAAAAGAGCUCAAGCUAUUGGCUUAUCAAUUUACAUGUUAUGUCUGAGGGUACUGCAGUUACAGCACUGUCAAGGACACUAGCCUGGUUUCGCCGUGAAAUGCUGGCAUCUGGGAUUGGUCCAACCCGGAUUGAUAUAAUCACUGGAUGGGGGCGACGCAGCAGGGUGACAGGAACUUCUUUGGUUCGACAGGCAGUGCAGGAACUGCUUAACAUCUUUAGUUUUCCCUUUUUUAUAGAGAAUGGGAAUUCUGGUUGUUUUGUAGGGUGUGGAGAGCCUCUUAAAAGAUGGUUGCUCCAAUCUUAUGUGGAUAGAAUGCAUUUACUGUAGCUGCUGUAAUCAUCUAGUGUCUGUAGACACAGUUUUGUAAUCGCUGACUCAUCAAAGUAUUUGUAUUUAAGUUAGGUGCA